UGUGCUUUCUGCAAACCAGCAAAUCCAAAUUUGUCACAUAUGAUACAGAAGUAAAAUAUCUUGAUACUGCAUCAAUACUGUGGCAAAAAGGAACGUUCCCUUCAAUAUAAUGCAGCCCUAACCUGUUCUCAGAGCAUCUCCUAAAAUGAAAUGCAUUCAUCUAUUUUAUAUUACACCACCACAAGACCUUUGAAAUAUAAAGUGUUAAAAAACCAUGAUAAACCACACAAGUGCUGAGAGUUUGUGUUGUAGAUCACAUAGUAAACAGUGUCAUGUUAUAACAUUGAAGAUUCUGUCAUUGUUAACCCUUUAUGUUUAUUUGAUCAUAGUUCAUCUAUAAAUACUGUGAAGAAGUCAAACAAGCAGCUGCUGUCACAACACAUUCAACUACUCUACUAUUCUGAUCCACUGUUGUAAUGAUGGAGUGUGUUAAAGAGGAGACUGAUCCUGAAUCAUUCACAAUAACACCUCAACAUAUUCAACAACAAAGAAACUUGGUCGAAGUAAAAGAGGAAAGUCAAGAAUGCAAUGAACUGAAGGAUGAACAUCAGGACCACAAUUAUAUGACUGCCAGCUGCUCAGAAACUGAUGAGAAUUCCCCUCAAGAAAGCGUUAAAGCCAAAAAUGUUUUUGAAUGCCAACUUUGUGGUAAGAUUUUCUCAAACAGAGGGCACCUAACGCAACACCUAAAGAUUCACAAUGAAAGGUUGCACGCAUGCUCCCACUGUGAGAAGACUUUCAUCCAUAAAUGUAAACUGGUGUAUCACAUGAGGAGUCACACAGGUGAGAGGCCUUUUGCUUGCCCUCAGUGUGAUAAACGUUUUAUUACUAUAGGAAGACUAAAUGUUCACAUAAAGACUCACAGUACUGAAAGGCCGUACAUCUGCCCUCAAUGUGGAAAGAGUUACACAAAAAAAGCAAGUCUACAAUAUCACAUACGCACUCACACUGGCGAGAAACCUUUUAAAUGCCCUCAGUGUGAUAAGAGUUUUCAACAAAAGGAACCUCUUAGGUUUCACAUACGAGUUCAUACAGAUGAGAGACCUUUCUUGUGCGGUGUGUGUGAUAAAAGAUUUAAAAUUAAAGAAUAUCUUAAAUAUCACAUGCAAGUUCAUACAGAUGAAAAGCCUUUCUCAUGCGAUGUGUGUGGUAAAAAUUUAAAAAAGAAGGUAAAUCUUCAGCAUCACAUGCGAGUGCAUACAGGUGAGAGGCCUUUCUCAUGUGAUGUGUGUGGUAAAAGUUAUAAAAAUAAUAAAAACCUUAAGUUUCACAUGCAAGUUCAUACUAGGGAUGUGCAGUUUUGUCAAAUUUUCAGUUUGAGUACUUCAAAGGUCUUAAGAACAAGUUCUUGAUUAAUCAGAGGCGGGGCAAGCAUGAGGGGUGGUGCUUACGCAUCAUGGUGAAAAUGCUAAUUAAUGUUAUAUAAAUACUCUGAAUUAAGAGAUAACUCUGGGUAUUCAUGAUCUGUCGUUUCACACUUUGCAUUCCUAAACCCUGUGCCUGGCACUACAUGCGGGUUAACCCUGCUUCUACAACCCCAAAUCAGAAAAAGUUGGGACACUGUAGAAAUUGGUAGUAAAAAAGUAAUGGAAUAAUUUACAAACCUCA